UGAAAGAUACUGAAAUAGCUAUUGGCUACGCUACGCUACUUGAAAUAAUUCCGGCGCGUGCGUUUGCACGUGGACGACGCCUUCAACGAAGUCCAAACACAGCUGCCAGCGUAACCAUCAGCACUGCGUGCGCGCGGGACCAGCUGCCCCGGACACGGCCCAACCUCCGCGUUCAUUUCUCUCUUUUUUCAAGGGUAGGAAUUUCACCGAGGUCCCACUCUGCUUGUGCCCGCCACGCAGCAAGGCACGGCACCAGCUCUGGGACGCAGCUUUCUCUACGCUCUGGUUCCAGCUUUACCACUUUUCAAUUGACUCAAACCACCACUCCUCUCCCAAUCCCGAACAGCCCUCGGGCCCGUGCAGACACAGGAUGAAGACUCAGGCAGGCACGCCAGUGGAUCGUGGGUUAUUAGUAGGGUGAUAUUCUUCAUCCUGGGUCUGGGAACUCUCCUGCCAUGGAACUUCUUCAUGACUGCUAUAACGUACUUCCAGGCUCGUCUCAACAGCACAGAGUGGUCCAACGGCACGGCCCUCCCGCACAGAGAGUACCACUUCGGGAACUGGCUGACCCUGCUGUCCCAGCUGCCUUUGCUCCUCUUCACCCUGCUCAACUCCUUCCUCUACCAGCAGAUCUCAGAGAAGAUGAGGAUCGCUGGCAGCCUGGUCUGCAUCCUCGUCCUCUUCAUUCUCAACGCGUCGCUGGUCAGGGUCCCCAUGGAAAACGAUUGCUUCUUCUCCGUCACCAUGGCAACCAUUUGGUUCAUCAACUCGUUCGGGGCAGUAAUGCAGGGCAGUUUGUUCGGGCUGGUGGGGCAGUUCCCCCAGAAGUACAGCGUCUUCUUCAUGAGUGGUCAGGGAGUGGCGGGCACCUUCGCUACCAUCGCUAUGCUAAUAGCCAUCUCCAGUGGGACGGACCCAGACACUGCUGCCCUGGGGUACUUCAUUACCCCUUGUGGGGGAACCAUCGUCACCUUAUCGUGUUACCUGCUACUGCCACACCUGCCAUUUGCGUGCUAUUAUUUCAACAAAGGCAAAGGAAUGGACGUGGACUGCAACGCUCCACCUUCUCCUGAAGAGAAGCCGCUCCUGAAGGGCGCUAAGCUCAAUGGCUACAGCGGCUACUCCUCGGCUAACGGGCCCGUGGCAGAGGAGCAGCUGACCCCCGGGGGCGCUGACAGCGACACGCGGGCCCUGCUCCCCCAGGACCGCCCCGACACCGAGCGCCAGGUCCCCGCCAAAAAGUCCUCCGUCCUGCAAGUGUUCAAGAAGAUUUGGGUCAUGGCUUUCUCCAUUACGUUUGUGUUCAUCGUCACGCUCUCCGUCUUCCCUGCGGUCACGGUGGACGUGAAGUCUGAGUUCAGCGGGAGGUGGGAGAUCUACUUCGUCCCAGUGUGCUGUUUCCUGAACUUCAACAUAAUGGACUGGCUGAGCAGGACGGCCACGUCGGUGAUUCAGUGGCCCGCUAAGGAGAGUGUCCUGGUCCCGAUCCUGGUGGUGGCGCGCUUGGUCUUCAUCCCGCUGAUCAUGCUGUGCAACGUGCAGUACCGCUCCCACCUGCCCGUGGUCUUCCCCCACGACGCCGCCUUCGCCGUCAUCAUGAUGCUCUUCUCCUUCUCCAGCGGAUACUUCGUCUGUCUGACCAUGUCCUACGCGCCCAUGCUGGUGGAGCCCAAAGACGCGGAGACGGCCGGCGCCCUCAUGACCUUCUUCCUGGCGCUGGGGCUGUCCCUGGGAGCCGGCCUGUCCUUCCCCCUGCGGGCCCUGGUGUAGAGGCCCCGCCCCUCUGCCCAAAAACAGCACGCUCCCCUCCACAGAGGAAGGAAACUCUCUGACUGACAUCCAAAAACUAUUCCCCCCUCCGCCCCCC